CUAAUGGCCUCAUUCGGGACGAGGUUUCCCAAAUCGCGAUUGCAAGUGCUCUCGGCCAGCUCAUCUGGUUUCUUCAACUCUUCUCAUCUUCAAAAGCCCAAACUCAAUCACCCCAUUACUUUCUCCGCGCACAUAUUCCGCACCAUGGCGUCCGCACUCACACUUCAGUCCAAGCAGAAGCUGAACAACGGCCUCGAGAUCCCCGUGCUGGGAUAUGGCCUCUGGAAGACUGCGCCCGAGGAAGCUGAAGAGGUCACUACCGAAGCUCUCAAAGUCGGCUACCGCCAUGUCGACUCGGCGGCUUCAUACAGAAACGAGGCUGGUGCCGGAGCUGCCAUCCGCGGUGCCAAGGACAUCCCCCGCUCCGAACUCUUCUUCACCUCCAAGGUUCGCUACAUCAACUACGACGACGCCAAGGACCAGGUAGAAGAGACUCUGGAAAAGACCGGCCUUGCUUACAUCAACCUGAUGCUGCUUCACUGCCCCUAUGGCGGCUCAGAGGGUCGCAAAGGUGCUUGGAAGGCACUCGUCGAGGCCCAAGAGGCUGGCCUAGUCAAGUCCAUUGGCGUCAGCAACUACGGCGUGCACCACCUGGACGAGCUCGAGACGCACAUCAAAGAGCUUGAGGAGGAGCGCGGCGGCAAAGGCAAGGGCGGCGCCAUCAACGUCGCACAGUACGAAAUCCAUCCCUGGUGCGCGCGCAACGACAUAGUGCAGUGGCUCCAGAAGCGCAACGUCGCUAUUGAGGCCUAUAGCCCUCUGGUCAGAGGUGAGAGAUGGGGCGACAAGACUCUCAAGGCCUUGGCCGACAAGCACGGCAAGUCUGAGGCUCAGAUUCUGCUGCGCUGGAGCUUGCAGAAAGGCUACAUCCCUCUCCCCAAGAGUGUUACGCCCACCCGUAUCCUGGAUAACACCAAGAUUUACGACUUCCAGCUGUCGGACGAGGAUGUCAAGAACUUGGAGACAGACGAGUACUCCCCGGUCUGCUGGGACCCAACUGUUAGCCCCUUGGAUGGACCAAAGAGUGGUUGAGAGCAUCCAGGAUCAUUAACGAUGCAGCAAAGCUUGAGCUCUUUCGUUUCCAGCGACACAUAAAUUCAUCAUAUUAAUCAGCCAAUACAGACGCAAUGAAGGACCACACAUUUGCCAAAAAAAAACUGUGCGUUAACUACAGGUGCAUGCCCCUUGGUCGUAGCACCCGGUCCUCGAAAUGGCCAAGGAUCUCUUGUGAUGACGUUAAUCAUGUGGGAACUGGCGAUCGACUGCGACAACGACCAAAGUUUUGCUCGCAUUGUGCCUCCUUGCCGUAUCUAUCAUCAUCUAGUGGUCCCCUCAAUCCCCAGAACUAAAUAUCAGGAUGGGCACGUCGAGAAGUAGAGCUACAACCAUCAACGAGUUCGUUAUUAACCUCGAGGCGCGGGUCUAUCGCUCUCAAAUUCAGUGGUGUAUCAAAACCAUGAGACUGUGAGCUCUUCCCCAGUAUCGCGAUGCCCUAUGCGACUAUCACUACGAUAGCUAGCUCUGUGUCC